UUGAGUUAUGUAGUUGAGGAAAUUUGAGUUACGUAGUGAGGCAAAAAAGUUGAACCGUCUCUGGUUGUAGUUAAUUAUUUCUUAACCAUGAUAAGAACAUUGACACUGGCUUCUGUAGUAAAAGACACAAGCAGCACCCUCUAAGGAUCCACAGCAGGACGACGUUUAAAACAAUUGACCAAGGGUCCAGCAUGAUGCCUGAGGUACAGGAACUGUUUGAGGCUCUCCCAGAGCCCAUCACCGGAGUUGUUGUGGUGGCAUGCCGAAGCAAGGCACCUGCUGAAUACACUGUUGUUGCACAAACAACAGAUGGUUCCGACGCCGACCUGUGGAAGGACGGCUUAUUCAAAUCCAAGGUCACCCGCUACCUCUGUUUCACCAGAGAUAAUAGCCAGUCGUCCGAUGUGCUCCUUGACAUGAGGUUGAUUGAUUUGAAGGACGCUCUACCAGAGGGCUUCAUACCCAUCCAAGAAACAAUAGACACCAAGGAGCCUGCCUUGAGGAAGAAGAGGCUGUGUGUUAGGCUCGGCCUACGCCUAGCCACAGAGACUGCUGUGUGUGACAUCCAGAUCCAGGGGAAGUCCAAGCACACCUGUCCACACUACACGUGUAUUGGAGAGCUAAACAAUAUGGACAUUUUGUAUCGAAUGGGAAAUGUCCAUCCAUCCACCAAAACCGCUAUCUACAACUCAAUGCCCAACACCACAAGGCAAAUACCUGCAGCGCUCCCCACCAGCCCCUACAGGAGGAGCACAAGCAGGCCUGACUCAGAGAGCUCCAGUCUCUAUACCAUAUCAGCAAUGGAUGAUGUGCCCUUCACAAUCUCUGAGAAAUUUCCAAGAACCCCUGAAGAAAUGCAGCGAGUCAAUUUAAUGGGCAUUACGAUCAAAUCCUUGGCAGAGAUCGAGGAGGAAUAUGAGUACAACUUCAGCACGGAGCACAGCAUCGGCACUUCCCUGCCUCUCAGGCCCACCCAGAGCCAGUACUGAGAGAACUUAUUGAGUGAGGAACGCUCUAGAGGAACAGGGACAGAGAAAAAGACUACAGCACCUUCACGAAUGGUCUCUCAUUCCACAACAACGAAACACUUACUGGAAUGAUGUCUCUGAUGUCCAGUUUAGAGUCCACAUUCACAGUGGUCCCUCAUAUCAGAAGUCAACAGGUUUCUAAUCUAUCUCAAAUUAACGGCUAACAGAAAUCUCACAAACAGGAUGUGAAGUUAGUAACAUACAAUUCCAAGUAUCAUAAUAUUGGAGGUAACUAUUCUAAAUGUUGUUAAAUGUGCAUUUGUAAUCUCUCCAUAGCUCUGUAUGUUUCAGAGUUAUGGUCAAAUGUUUGUAUUUGUUAUCAAUACAAUACUGUGCAAACUCCGCUUAACGCACAUUUAAUUGUUUGUGCUCACUUAUUGCUUGCGUGAUAAGAGCCACAGUAACCAAACGACCUCAUAUGUUGCAAAGCUAUCAGCAAAUGUAUUUUUAAUUCUGUAGCACAUCUCCAAAUAGGUUGAUACCUUUUCAUGUUGAGUUAGUACAGGGUUUCCCAAAACUCUGUCCAGGGGACCCCAAGGGGUGCACGUUUUGGUUUUUACCGUAGGACUACACAGCUGAUUCAAAUAAUCAACUAAUCAUCAAGCUUUGAUCAUUUUAAUGAGUUGUGUAGUGUUAGUGUUUCCCAGCACGUUUUGGUUUUUACCCUAAGGGGUCCUGGGAAACACUAAGUUUAGUACAAUCAAAUAGGCUAUACACAUGUUAAAUUGAUAUGAUUGUUGAAUUGUUUUAAAUCUAUUGUUAUUGCGUAUAUUAUUAUAUUAUUCAGUUAUGUAGUGUAUAAGAAUGAAUAAACACCUUAUAAAUCUCA